CAAAAAGGACAAUAUAAGUGAAGAGAAGAGAAAGAAAAAAAAACAUGGCAAAAGAUAGCUGAGCAAGAUCAGGUGGCACCUUACCUCACCCGCCGUAACGACAUAACGUACUCGAAUCCUAUUUGCCCCUCCUGUUUCACCUCUCUUUCCAUAUAUAUAAUUACUCCAAUUAAAGAGUAAACGUCACCUAAUUCACCCAGAUUAAGAGAAGAUCACAAGUUGAGCAAUGGCAUUCCAGUUGGUUUUUAGACCUCCACUAGGUCGCCAUCUUGUCAAAGCUACUCUUGUUGCCAAUAAACCCCAUGGAUAUAGCAGCUUAUGUAUUCGGAAUUGCGUCGCAAUAGACCCUCAGAAAUCCCAAAAGUUAGUGCUGGAUGUAAAGGAGAGACUUGAAAAAGAAUAUACUGAUCUCCCGGUGGGAAGAAAUGGAAGAGAUGAUGAGGAGAUGAUUUUAUGGUUCCUGAAGGAUCGCAAAUUCUCUGUUGAUGAUGCUGUUUCCAAGCUGCAUAAAGCCAUUAGAUGGCGUCGUGAAUUUGGUGUAAAAAAUUUGUCAGAAGAGUCAGUUAAAAGUAUUGCUGAAACUGGAAAAGCAUACGUGCACGACAAUUUUGAUGUCUAUGGAAGACCAGUCUUGAUAGUGAACGCAUCAAAGCAUUUUCCUCAGAAGCAGGAUCCUGAUGAAGAUGAGAAGUUAUGUGUCUUUCUAAUUGAGAAGGCAUUGAGCAGACUUCCCACUGGCAAACAAGACAUACUUGGUAUAAUUGAUCUGAGAGAGUUUGGAACGGAGAAUGCAGAUCUUAAGUUCCUUACUUUUUUGUUUGAUGUUUUCUACUACUAUUAUCCAAGACGAUUAGGUCAGGUUCUUUUUGUUGAAGCUCCUUUUGUGUUCAAACCGCUGUGGCAGCUUGUCAAACCCAUGCUCAAGCAAUAUGCUUCAUUGGCGAGAUUUUGCUCCGGAAAGGAGGUCAGAGAGGAGUAUUUUACAGAAGAGACAGUCCCGGCUAGUUUUAGAAAAUGAAGACAGGAGCACUUGUUACCCAUUCGCACCAAGCUUUGAUACACGGGAAGAAUAUAAAAGACUGAAACUCGAUACACAGAAGCAUUGUCCAAGAUAACGAUGACAAGCUCAAUCUCGGGAUGGACUUAUGAAGUUAUUGGGUUCUAGUAUUUUCAGUUGUACAUGAAUGGAGAAAGUCACUUUCCUCUAAAAUACUAUGUUAGAGUUAGCGUCAUUUACGACAGUAAUGGUGUAUCAAAAUUAGCUCACACAAUCUACUUGGUUUGAUUCAUAUACAAUAAAAAUCACCUUAAAAGUUACUGUGA